AGAGCGAUGAGCCCGGCGUCCGCGCGCACGGAGGCAGAGAGGACUGCGGGCGGCCGCCGGCGCUGGGGAGAAUGGGCAGGAGGAGACGCUCCGCCGCCUUGGAGACGAGGCAGACAUUUCAGCGCAGCUGUUCAGUGUGGAGACCCACACAGUGUAGGUGAAGUAACCAACUUUUUUUGAUAAAGAUUUUUUCAAUCUGUUACUUCUCACACCAAUUUACACCAUCGCCACAUGGGAAAAUGCCACAGAACCUCUGCUAGCUCUUCAUCGUGGACACGUUGCUUAUACAGAUACAGAGAAGUUUCUCGGUUUAAUUAUGUUGAAGGGACUAAGGAAGAAGCCAGAUGGAGAGAUGACUGGUCAUCCGAUCCUUUCCUUGAAUCGCCCAUAUUUCCAAAAACCAUGACUGGAAAGAGGUUGGAGGGAACACGGACAUUCUCUCAUCCGAACGAUGAUUCACAACAUGUAAGGGACCGUCUUCACCAAGUCCGGCCCCAUUGGACCACUUCACCUCUGAACUUAAUGUUUAUACACCAAACAGCGGCUCCCACUCAAGGGAGCAGGGACUCCAAGGAGAGCGUGCUUCGGCUGCGAGGUGUGUGAUCGCAGCAGCAGUGACGGCGGGAUUUUAGUGCAGACACUUGUGAACGCGGGAGUGGCUGGAAGUGCAAACUCGAGAGAUACGGGUGAAGGCAGAAAGUUACAACAGACUGUGUUAUCCGUCGUAGGGCCUUUUCUUGGUUCUUGACAUCAUAUUCACCAAGGUAAUUACUACAACAGUGUCUGCAGCUGAGCUGUUACUGAGGCACAAAGCCCUAGGCCGUGGAAGAAUGAGAGAGAGCCACGGGUGCCACCACAACAAACAGAAACGUCGCCAGCCCACGGGGCGCGUUCUGGCCUGACACAGCUGGUCAGCAAGGUGCUGAGAAACUGCCUCCACAUGUAUUCUCUCCAGGGGAGACCCCGAGCCCCGCCCCCCUGCCAACCCCCGAAACCCUUUGCUGCCUCAGUGUCCUUCCUGGCAUCAACAAGAGCUGUGUGCUGCAGGUGUGAAGGAUGUCACGAUCGGGCCGUCCUGCUCUAUGAGUACGUGGGCAAGCGGACCGUGGACCUGCAGCACACGGAGGUCCCUGACGCCUACCGUGGGCGUGGCAUCGCCAAGCACCUCGCCAAGGCUGCCCUGGACUUCGUGGUGGAGGAGGACCUGAAGGCCCACCUCACGUGCUGGUACAUCCAGAAGUACGUCAAGGAGAACCCGCUGCCGCAGUACCUGGAGCGCCUGCAGCCGUGACCCUGGCUGGGGGCAGGCGCCCCUGCCAGACCUCUCCUCGCCCUGGCCCUGCCUCCGUGUGCUCUCAGGCAACCUGGAUCCCAUGGCGGUGGGCCACUCAGCGGUUUUGUAAGGACGCUCAUCGCCCCCGGAGGCGGCUGGCCGAGGAUGGGCAGGUCUGGUGACUGGCAAGGAGAGGCCCGGGGCUGCAUCCCGGCAGCUCCUGCCUGCAGACCUGGCGGCUUCUUGGAGACCGUACGGCCUGUUGUGGGCCGGCCUGUGCGGCCAGUAGGCAGGACUGGCAUGCGGACGGGCAUCCUAUGGCCCUCUGCGCCCCUUGUGUUCCUUGCUCUGUGAUUGGCACCCCCUCACCACCCCUGCCACUCGGUCCUAUUUGCAGAGGGGGUGUUCCCAGUGUUGAGAGGAGCAAUAAGAAACUAUGUGCCAACUUCCGAGGGCACAGCGCCAGCUGCGGCUGCCGUCACCACUGCCCGCCUUCCUCCAGCUGCCUGCCUGGCAGGGGUGAUGUGUGCGGCCGGGAACAGUGGCCUGGGCAUUAGCUCGGGCUCACGUGUGCACACAGCACGUGCAGCACGGAAGCUGAGUGCCAGGCGGUGCGCCGGGCAGAGAGGCUCGGGGGAGCACCAGCUAUUCUCUCCCUGGUGCCUGUGCCCUAGCUCCUUGCCUCCUUGUCUGUCAGCUCUGCGGGAACCGAGGUCCCGCCCCCUGUGGCUGCCCUGCCCUCUCCAUCUGCCUGUCACCAGGGCAGCUCCAGGGGCUCCAAAACUUCCCAGGGACCCUCCCCCCUGGCCCGGGCCCUGGGUGAGCUUCCUCAGAAGGGACCCUGUGGAGCAGAGGUGGGAGGGAGGUGAACUGUCCUCAAAGCUGUCCUCACCACCAGGAAAGACACUUUUCUGCAGAGGCUUCCCUUUGGGGCCGCAGCCUCGGGGCACCUUGUGUGGGAGCAGUGGUUGGGCAUGGCCGUGACCUGCACGUGCACGCUCUGGCCCCAGGGAGCCUGGGAAUGACAGAGGGCACCUCCUUCCGGCUGUGCUCCCCCACUCUGCAGUGUGCUAUAUGAGGGCCAGGGGAGUGCCUGUCCCCCUGUGCUGGGAGUCAUGGGCCAGCAGGGGGUGGGCACAGCUGCUGGGCCCCUCCCAAGGCUGGGGCAGCCCAUCCUGACACAGUUGAAGAAGUGGGGGUAGGCCUGAGAGUGGACAGACCGGCCGGGUCUUUUCUCUGCCUCCUUCCCUCCCACUCACACAAGUUUACAUACAGAUUCGUCAUGGAAACUGUCCAGCAGCUCCGUGAGCUGGUGCUCUCGCUCUGCGGCCUGUGGGUGAGGUGGCCCAGUGCUAGGAGGAUGUCCGAUGCGGGGCUAGGACAUGCAGGCUGUGGGCGGGGCCGGGGGCACUGUGUCCCAGCCUGAGCCUGUGUUCUAACAGCAGGUGACGUGCCAUGCUGGGCCCGCAGGCAAACAGAACUCGUUAAUUGAACCAGGAGCUGCUAAGGGUGGGGGGGGGAGGGGUGAGAGUGGGUAGCCUUGGCCCAGGGACAGCUUGUCCCAGUUCCCGCAGGUGUGGCCGCCUUGCCUCCGCUGCCUUAAAGUGCCGCUGACCGCUGCGGGCCGUGCUGCGUGGCCGCCGGGCCCGGGCAGCAGCGCAAGCCUGAUGCUCUCCAGGCUGGGGACACGGCAGCCCUGGCCUAGAGCCCUCGGCCGGUGUGGCCAUGACUGGCCACCUCUGGUGCUGCCCCAUGUGUCUGGCAUCCAGCCCGCCCUCCUCCGCCUCCCAACCAGGAGGCCAGGAGCCCUCGCUGUGUCCGGGGCAUCACCAGCCCCUCCAGCAGGUCGCUCACAGGCCCGGGUUCCGUCACAUCUCGCUUUGAUGUCAAAACAGGUCGUAACUCACGUGCCUUCCCCCCUCAGGACCCGCUCUGGGUGAUGUCUGGCCAAGGCCCUGGGCCCCUUUGUUGUUUUUUAAGCUCCUGACCAGAGCGCCGGACAUGCGUGUCAGCGGGAGCCGGGGCCAGCCUCGGGCCGCCUGUGGGGUGGCCCUGGGUUUACAGUGAAUAAGCUGAGGCACAGUGAGGUGUGGGAGCCGCAGGUGUGAGGGGUGGGCGGGGCUCCCCGGGGCUCCCCACCCUCCACCCCUGCUGCCCUGACCUCGCUCGCAGCCCCGCCGUUCCAGGCGGGAAAGGACAGGAUGGCGCCUGCGCACAGGGUGGCCGAGGGCUCACAGCCAGACGGCAGGGCCACCAAGGCCUGGGGGGCACCUUGCUCCCGUGCCUUCUCCCCUUUCACCGCCAGCCAGGGCCCGCCCUGUCCCUUCCUCCACCUGCAGGAAGGGCCAUCUGAGGCCUGGCCAUGCCUUCCCCGCGGAGCGGCUGCAAGGGGCUCACCUGGAAGACGCGAUGAUGUCAUAGGGCCUCACAUCAGCUGCUGCUCUUAGACGUGUCUCUCUCCCCCUACAAAGCCUUCUCUUGGGGUUUCUAGUCCAGGGGAGCGAGAUGGGGUGUCCAUCCUGGCCUGUGGGGGCAACAUCACAAAUGGCCUCAAAACAGGAUCGAGGGGGCCCUGGCCGGUGUGGCUUAGUUGAGCACCGUCCCAUGCACUACAAGGUCACCAGUUCAGUUCCCAGUCAGGGCACGUACCCGGUUGCAGGUUGAUCUCCAGUUGGGGUGUGCAGGGUGGGGAGACUCCUUUCUGAGUGGGAUGUUUUCCUCCUAGUUCCCAGCCUGAGGGUCACCAUGCUGACCCCAAACACAGGAGGAAGAAGAGGGCAGUGCAGUGGCUAGGCCAUCAGGCCUGUCGGAUAGAUGAGGGGGCAGGCCCUGUAGCUGCAGGAGGCUGGGAGGCAGGGGCAGGGUCUGUGCCCACCCCCCUCCCCAUAACAAUGUGCCCUCUGUCCGCUCGCAAGGAUGGCCUGGGAGGGCCGUGCACUGUCCCUGCACCUCCCCUGGUCGCUGGGAAGGCUGGGAAGGGCUCUGUCUGGAGCCACAAGGUCCGUGGCUGACGGGGAUGCCCGGUGGAUGCUGAGAAGGUGGAUGCGUGCCAGGCCACUGUGAUGGGGAGACUGACGGAGCGCCCACCCAUCCCCUCGCUUGGUCCUCAGCGCAGAAGCCUCUGAUCGGCUGAUGUCUACCCAGAUGUCCCCUCUGCUGUUCUCAGGGACCCACUUCCUCCAGAUCAGCACCCUAAGUUUUCUAUGAGGGCACGGAACUGUAGCCCGCAGGCCAAUACUGGGUGGUUUUCCGUGGUGUCGUUCUCAUGGCUACAGGAUAUUAAACAGAUUCUUUUCUGGCUCUCA